GUAUGGGUGUGAAUCAACGACCUACAGAGAAAUGUUAUUUUUUUAUUAAAUCAUUCUCUCUUAUAAUCCAUGUGAGCUACGUUAUAUACCUAGUUGAUAACCGAAACAGUAUUUUCCAUGUGCGUCGGUCAAUUCAGUGAUGUCGUGUGAAACGUGCAAAACUCAGACCUUAUUGUUCAUCGACGGAGAAAGUUACGUUUUGAUAAUCCAAGUGGACUUCGAAGAAGGAACAUUGAAUCACCUGUUCAGGUUCCUUGAACGUGGUUGCUUUUGUAAUGCCUCCGUUGCCUAUGUUACUUCAAACGAGCAAAGAAGCUUUUCCAGAAAAGCAAAUAGAGAGUAGAGCACUAUAAACAAGGACAAUUCGUCAAGAUUUUAUUAUCUCGGUGUACAACUGCCAUCGUUAUCGCGGUCGUAUUUUACUGCUUGUGCUGUGCAGAUAACAGUUGGAAGGGAUUUACGAGAAAACAAAAUUCGCUAGUGAAAACAGUAGAAAAUAUUGUUUGUGUUCCCGGUUAAAUUUGAGAAUAUGAGUGGGUCCAGGACGAAGAUAUUGCAGAAAAUAUGCUGUCACGCUAGCGAUGUCACUUCGGUGGAUUUUUUCGGGAACUCACUACUAGUUACUGGGUCAAGUGACAAAUCUGUACGGGUUUGGCGUUGGAUAGUGGGUAGCGGCUUUUGCGAAGAACCAUUUUCACCCUUGAAAGGGCACAAGUAUGGGGUUACCAGUGUGCGUGUAUCACCCAAGGGUGCUGUGCUGGCAUCUGCUUCAGUGGAUGGGACCGUGAUCUUGUGGAACCUUACCACCGGCGAGGAAACCAAUGUCCUCACACAGGAAGGGGGCGAGGCAAUCCGUGCAUGCAUCUUCAGUCCAAAUGGUGCUUUAAUCGUGAGUUCCGAUGAUAGUGGAUCAAUUUGCGUCUGGGGGCAGGAUAAAAAUCUUAAAAGGUACAUGAAAAUUCAUGACGAGGCAAUUCACACCAUCGCUUUCUCCAGCGAUUCGACUGUCUUACUGACCGCUUGCACGCUCGGGAACAUACGGUUCUACGCCGUUGAGGAUGACUUUGAAGCUGAGAUGUCGAAAGCGGACUGCCUUAUCGACGCUGCGCAUGAUAUGGGCGUACUAUCCGCCGACUUUUGCAAAAUUAUACAUGCUGACCCCGCUGACAGUUGCUCGAUUAUCUACACGUUGGCCACCUGUGGAACCGACCAUUUCAUCAAGAUCUGGCGUUUGUUCUACAUGCCAACCAACGUGGACCGAAGUAAGAAGUCUCGCCUUAUCCCCACCACACCUCAGGAACACUUUGCCGGUCAGUCGACCAUCUAUAGUACCAAAGUAAUGAAUGCCAGCUGCGUUCAGGUGAUUUCAGCUCAUGGCAGUUCGGUAACAUGUGUUAGGUUCAAUAGCACUGGCACGCUACUGAUAUCGAGCAGUCUUGAUAAGAAAAUAAAAAUUUGGAACCAGCAGGGAACAUGUCUCAGGACAUUGUCGGAGCACUCGCGCUACGUGAACUGUCUAGCCAUCAAUGGCGAUUCAUCGGUGAUUGCAUCCGGAUCAAACGAUCGCACCGUCGUAAUAUGGGAUCUUAACGACAAUCUAACGAUCGACUCACAUAUCACCGGCAUGAGGACGUUUCUUUUCACGCUUGCUGCAAAAUCCACCGACAUUCCAUUGGAGUUUAUCUGUCCGAUUACACACGAGAUUAUGAAGGAACCGGUGUAUGCGGAAGGAGAGGAAACAGUAUCGUCUUUACGCAUGGGAACACUGGGACCCCGGGAUUUAAGGGGCCCAGCGAUGAGGAUAGGCACAUAAAAUCAUACGAACUAUCUACACUGCUGACGCCAUGGAAUUGACCGCCGGAAUCUUAAUACGUAAAAAUGAGAUGUUGAAGUUUGAAUUUGGAGCAAACAUAGCGCAUAUUACGUUAGACCAUCAUUUUUAUACUGGAAGCCACUUUAUUGCUGUGUCCAGAUGGCACUAGGAUUCAUCACAUUCAAUAGUUCAAGAUCAUAAGCUUUGUCGUAUACAUCAGAUUUACAUUUCAUAAUAGAAAGGAAAACUGUCGAGCUCAAGCGCAAAUAUUUUGAAGAUGUGUGACAUGCUAAUUAGACUGUAACGAUUGGCUGAAUGCAAUUUAGUAAACGUGAAACUCAUAAAAACAAAUAUAGCUUUAAUGCUAGUAUUAGUGCUAAUAAGGUAUCUACUGACAUGGCAAAUAAAUGUAUUCGGAUUAAGUUGUUAGAAAGAUAAAUUUUAUCUAAUGAUUGAGUCAUCAUUUUCAAUUAUCGGUUCUACAUACAUUGAAUGAAAAUGAAAAAAAAUCAUUGAAGAGAUUCAGCGGUAAAGUACACAUUAUAAUACUAUUCAUUUAUUCGUGAAAACGACUCAUUUAAAUAAUACGAACUCGCUUCAAAAUUGCCAUCUGAAAACUCACAUGACUCAAUUGAAGAGAGUGUUUUGAAUUGGGAUGCUGCUUCGUAAAAGAUAAGAUAAGAAAUGUAAAUUGAAUAAAGGUAAUUAGUCCAACCCAUAGCAAAUGAACUCUUUCAACCGGUAACACACGUAAGUGUACAAUACGGCCGACUUAAACCUACAUUUGAUAAGCAAUUCUCUUCUUUAAACAUUGUAAAAUGAAUCCAAACAUUUUAUCGUAGAAAGAACCAGAAAUUGUCACAAAAACAAGCCAUAAUGAGAUACAUUAUAUAGCAACGUUGAACAAAAGUGGUUGAGAAACUGUUCCAUAUUUCGAUUUGAGUCUAUCCAAACAGGCUUGAUAGAGUUGAACCUUGUGAAACAUUUGCCUUUGCAUGUGUUCUUAACCAGGCACAACGGUAGAUGCAGAACAUGUGUAUCCUGGCACGACAUGUAUAAAACCUAUUCCUCUAAGUCGGCAAAGAGCAUGAGAAAAUAAAAUUUAAAACUGUUAUUUAUAUGAUCAGACUAGUUCUACUUAUGAAAGGUUAUUACACGGGAACGAAAUACCACACGUACACUCAAUAUUGCAGUAUUAAAUACCUGAUAUUGCACUAUCUUUGGGAAUGAAUAAUCCAUUCAAGACAAACAAUACAACACUGAAAAUAAUCCACACGAUAUAACCAAAUGAAAUUAAACAUCACCUUCAUGUGUGUUUUCAUGUUAAAAAGCAAAACAAAUUAUUCCCCUUUGAAUUUAACAUGUAAAUCCAUUAAAACGCAUUUCAUGUGGUGUUUCAAAUUAUAUUCAAACAACUUCCACGUGAAUAUGGCAUAUUUUUCCAUUAAAUGUUGAUGGACGUAUACUAUUGAGUCGUAAAGUAUGAACUUUCCACAUGACCUUCGCGUGAACAACAUGUAGUGCAUUUCUAUAUGGAAAUCAAUUGAUUUCACCGAUUCUUCUGCCAAUUAAAUCUAAAAGUAAAACGAAAUGAUAUUCACGUGAAACUCAUUUGGAAAUUUUAGUCACUGGUAUUUCUUAAGAUAUUAAUGUGCUUUUCACAAUAUGUUCUUGUGAAUUCCAUUUGAAAAUCAUAUUUCCCACACUCGAUGAGCUAUUGAAAUGGAAACCGUGUGCAUUUCAUGUUUGAAGAUUGAAUUAAUCCAAUAAUUUUCCACAUGAUGUUGACGUGUUUAGUUUUUUCAGUGAACAUAUUAGCAACUUUAUCGCGAUCGGGUUGUUUUGGGUGUAGCAGUAAACGCCAACAAGUAUAGCUUUCAAUACUUAAACUGAGCCUCUCAGUUGCAUAGAUACCAGGCGUUUACAUUGAUUAAUGUGAUUUUACUC